AUGCAGAGUCCCAGGCGUUCAAAGGACACAAAAAUUAUAAACGGCUUUGAGGGCAAACCAGGACAAUACCCUUUUACGGCCGCUUUAACCGAAUACAGUAGCGGUAUGUUUUUUUGUAGUGGAAGUAUAAUUGGCAGAAGAUUUGUUUUGACAGCGGCGCACUGCUUGACAACUGUUGGCGAGCAAAAUCGAAUUAAUGUUAUUUUGGGAACACACGAUCUACGGAAUUAUUCGGCAAGCUAUCAAAAAAUAAGGUCAAAAGCUUGGGUGUACCAUGAACAAUACGUGGAGAGCAGCAGCAGGCAUGAUUUGGGAGUUAUUCUCUUAGAACAUGAAAUCAUCUACAACGAUGAUAUUCGUGAAGUCAUUCUGUACCAUGGUAAUAAUACAUUUGUAAAUAAAGAAGUAAUUGGUUGCGGAUGGGGUUAUUACGACGAUUCGAACAAAGCAAGCACCAUAUUAAAUUGUAUGGAAGCCGUUACUAUUAGCAACGAACAAUGUGGAUCAUUUUAUGGUGGAGAUUUGGCAGAAAAUUUCAUUUGUGCGCAAGGCAUGAAUCAAUCACGUACGUGUUCGGGCGACUCUGGAAAUGCACUCGUGUUUGAAGAAAAUUACGGUUCCUAUACGGCAAUUGGUGUGAUGUCAUUUGGACUAGCAGAUUGUAAAGAAGGGCCCGUUGUUUAUAACAGAGUGUCUACAUAUUAUGGUUGGAUAAUUGAGCAAAUGCAAAACUUAAGUGCUCUUCAAUAA